AUGUCUUCAAUUUCCUAUAGAGAGAGGCAAGAAGACUUUGUUUCCGAUAUUACAGGCACAACUCCAUUGGAAGUUUUUGGAUUGAGCAUGUCCGUGGUGUUGAUUCCCAGUGCAGAAUAUUAUUUGAAACGAUUUUUCUUUAAAGGAAGAUUCUCUCGUUUAUUGCUUGAAAUUAUUUUCAAAGUUGUAUUUUAUUAUGCGAUUGAAACGACAAUUGUUUUGAAUAGAUCCGUUGUUGGAAAUAGCUUUUCGUUAGGACUUGUUCUGUUGUGGAGUGUAAUGAUUUUAUUUAUUGUAAUAUUUCAGAAAAUUGACAAGCAUGAUGAAGGAAACAUAACGCAUGACGAAAAUAGGAAAUUAGAGAAAAGUAGCCAACAUAUAGAAUUCAUCUCAGAGUAUCGUCACAGCAUGCAACUUUCGACCAUUAUGGCAAUAUUGAUGGUAGAUUUUCAGAUAUUUCCAAGAAGAUUGGCAAAAACAGAAAAUUUUGGAUACUCGUUGAUGGAUUUAGGAGUUGGAAGUUUCGUAUUCAGCGGAGCCAUUGUUUCAAGCACUGCAAGGCGAGUUGUAAAUCCAUCUACUCCAAGAAUGACCUUUUCCAAGCUUAUUCAUUCUCUGUUGCCAUUGACCCUUCUUGCGAUCUUUCGAUUUUUGUCUGUGAAAACUAUGAAUUAUCAAACACAUGUUUCAGAAUAUGGAGUUCAUUGGAAUUUUUUCACAACACUUGUAUUCCUCUGUAUAUUGUCCUACAUUACUGAUGAGGUACUACACUUGACUAGCUCUUGGAAAAAAAGUUUAAUAGUUGGCACGCUUUGUGCUCUUUUUCAACAAUGGCUCCUCUCUGGACCUUUGAAUCUUCAGCAUAUCAUUUUAAAUGGAGAACGCACAAAUCUUAUUUUAGCGAACAAGGAAGGGUUUGGAACUCUGCUUGGAUAUUUAUCCAUUCAUCUUAUUGGUGUCGGUGUGGGUCAAUUCACAUUCAACUAUCACACUAUGGCUAAACAAUAUUUGAAAUUCUUAAUUAUGUUGACAUUGAUAACGACAAUCCUAUCAUUUGCUCCUUUUUAUGCAUAUGGAGGCCGAUGGUUUAUUGAGCCUGCAUCACAUAUAACUGAAGAAACUUAUCAUUAUCAGAUCAACAAGGAAUUCUUCGACACUAAGGAUAUUUUAUUUACAAUUUUUAUGCCAUCGAGACGAAUGACAAACUUUGGAUAUAUUGUUUGGUCACUCUCUUUUAACAUCACUCUCCUUACUUUAUUCUAUUGGAUGUCACAGAUAACUCCUUUGAAAAACAACAUAUCAAGAGCCUCAUAUACCUCCGUUGUUAGAGAUGCUAUGAACUUUAAUCCACUGUUUUCAUUUUUAUUUGCCAAUCUCAUCACUGGGGCAAUUAAUCUUUUCUUUCAAACAAUAGAUGCCUCAAAAAUUACGUCUACAAUAAUUAUUUUGACGUAUGGAUUUGUUGUUUGCUUGGUUGGAGUAUUUCUGUAUGAUAAAAAGAGAAAGAUUUUCUAA